AGUUUUUUGAAAAGCAAAGGUCAAAACCGAUUUUGUCCGAGUCGAUGUUGUAACGACGUCCGGUGACGUAAAGAGUUAUGUACAUAUGCAGAUCAUACCUAAAGAGGAAGUCUUAUCAAGACUGGUGAAGACUGGUGGUGUUUCACUUGAUAUUUCUUUGAUCAUAUUUGAUUCCACAUCUGCUGCUAACUUCCAGAGAAAAAUGCCCAACACUUCAAGGUUGGUUAUGGUUUUUGUCAUGAUCCGAAAUUCAAAAUCCGCCAACACUAUGGCCAAGAACACAUUGUAUCAGUUGCAAUUCAUAACGUCUCCCAAUGAUGGAUUUUACGAAGCUACGAUCAAAAUGAAGAAAGGUAUUCCUUCGCUAGGAGGGGAUAUUAGUCGAAUCGACGCUUAUGGAAAUCAGUCAUAUUGCAUCGCAGACAAAUUUCCACUUUUACGGAAGUAUUGUUACUACUUAUAG